UCUGAAAUGUGACUGUCGUUGUCGUGUAUACACAACCUACCUGCAGUAAAGUUAUUUUGUUCAUCGACUUGUUUUUAUUAUUCAAUAAAAAUCAAAUAAAUUCUUAAUGCAACAAACUAAAUUUAUUCAAACAUAAUAGUGCAACUUAUUAGAUAAUGUGCAAAUCAAAUAGUCCAUCAAUUGCUGCCGCCGUUCAACAUCAAAAGACCAAAACUAAAUUCCGUUUAUAGUGAAGAUUGAAAAAGGAAAAGAAGAAGAAAAAAGAAAAGUUGUCGUCGGAUGAGGUACGAGAAGCGUUGCGAAGAGAACACAAUGCAAGUGAAAACAUCGAAUAAGUAAAAUCUACAUGCCUACCAGCACCUAAGAUCGACGACAAAAGUUAUUUAAUCCAACAAAUGCAUAAAAACAAAAUUAAUAUAAUGUUAGCUAGUUCAAGUAUCAAAGAAACAAAAGCCAAUUCCUAAUGAUUAGGAAUAUUUAGUUGAAUUUAUAUUUUUUUGUUUCGAGUUGAGUCAAGUCGAGUUGAGUUGAGUUGUCGUCAGUCGAAGGCCGAGGCCAAGUUCAAGAAAGGAGCUCCAAUCUCAAAUCUCCAAUCUCCAGUGCUGUUGCUGUUGCUGUGUUGUGCUGCUGCUGCUGCUGCUGCUUAUCUGCCUAUUUAAACUACCAUCUUGUGUUUUGCUGCCGUAAGAAAGUAUAACAAAGGAGGAAGAAAGAGAACAACCUAAACUAGCCAGCUAGCCGAAGAAGAAGACAGUGCGUUUUCCACAACAACAAAUCAAAACAAAGAAGAAAUAUUUGGAGCUCACGAAGCGGGAUUGUGAAGCUAACUUUAUUGGAAACUUAUUUUGGACUGGCUACAUACGACAACGGAGGGUUAAGAGAAGAGAAGAGUUAAGUUAAGUGUUGAAACACUGUUUACUAGUCGUUUAACGCAGGAAUUGGAUGGCAGAUAAACUCCGUAGCCAAAACCAACACAACAGUAAUCGCCAUAAUCUAUUGCCACUAAAAUCGUCUGAAUCAUCGAAGUCAUCGGAACGAUCACACCGCAGAAUGUCCAACAAUUCCGGCUACCAAAACCAUUACAACUACCGUAUGUCGAACCAUCACCGCCAUAACAAUCCACAAUCCCAAGAAAAUGAAGACUCCACCUAUACGGGACAAGGUGGUUCAAGUUCACAUGCACAUAUGAAUGGUGGCGGUGGUGGUAGUGGGUCGCAGUCGCACUGCCAUAUGAAUGGAGUUCUAACCAAUGGCCACCAUCACAAUGGUCAUGUUGCCAAUGGCAUUAAGCCGAUGGAUCAAGUUGCAUUGCCAGAUAUGUGCUUCUUUUGUUUUGAAGUGUUGUACUGUGAGCUGAACAACAUCGAGGGUCCAGGACAGCCGCAAUUCACUAAUGAUCCUUUCCCAUUGUUCGUGACUUGGAAGAUUGGCAGAGAUAAGCGGUUACGCGGUUGCAUUGGAACAUUUAGUGCAAUGCAUUUGCAUUCUGGAUUACGUGAAUAUGCUUUGACUAGUGCAUUGAAAGAUUCACGAUUCUCUCCAAUUACUAGAGAUGAGUUUCCAAGACUGACUGUGUCGGUGUCCAUAUUGCAAAACUUCGAAGAGGCACGUGGGUACUUAGAUUGGACACUUGGCAUUCAUGGCAUUCGAAUUGAGUUCCUCAAUGAAAGAGGGUGCAAACGGACUGCUACUUACUUGCCACAAGUGGCUACCGAACAAGGUUGGGAUCAAACCCAGACCAUCGACUCAUUACUCAGGAAGGGUGGCUAUCGUGCAGCCAUCACCCCAGAUACACGUAAAUCAAUCAAACUUACACGCUAUCGCUCGCAAGAGAUCCAGAUGAACUACAAGGAGUACCGCGAGGUGUUGGAACGAAAGGCGCAGUACGGUAAAGUGCAAUGCUAACAACCGACCACAAGUUUUUCCACAAACCCAAUCCAGCAUUAAAUUUAAUUUAGAACAAAACAAAAAUAAAGAAGAAAAACUUAACAAACAACGUGCUGAAGUUGUUCUAAACCUAUAUUUUGUCGAUUUCACUUAACUUAACAAAAAAUAUACUAAAAACAAAAUAGAAACAAAAAAAUUAUGUUCAUGUAUUGUUGGUAGAGAGAGCGUGGCAGCUCACACGUUUUAAUUGCCUAAUUAUUAUUAUUAUAAUUUUAUUUUUUGAUGAAAAAUGUUUAUUCUUAUACAAUGUAACUUUAUACAUAAUAAUUUGGCUCGUAACGUCCAUAAAUAUUGUUGCAAAUUUAUUUUACUUGAUUUAGAAUUUAUUUUUGUUUAUAAUCUAACAAGUUAUCUAAGUUAAUUAGAUACGCAAACUCUCCGCGUUUUGAAAAUCAAUUAAUUAAAACAAAACAAAAAACUUGAAUUAAUCAAUUGUAAUCCGUAAAAUAAAGAUGAAAACUAAUUAAAAAUGAGAAAAA